UAGAACCUAUCACUUUAAAUCUUCAAUCUCUGGUACAGCAGAGAUCAUAAACUGUUAGUUAGCAAAGCGAGGGAAAUAUCUCCAUAUACACCUGGGAUAUUUCACUACGGUUUACAGCCGGUUACUCAUAGAUAUUUAUUUCUAAUAAUUCUGUCUACAUAGAUAGGUCUUUCAUAAGCACUUAAUAUUGUUUACCAAAGAAAUGGUGAUGGAGAAGCCAAGUCCCCUGCUUGUAGGGCGGGAGUUUGUGAGGCAGUAUUACACACUCUUAAACAAGGCACCAGAUUUCCUGCACAGGUUUUAUGGGAGGAAUUCUUCCUAUGUUCAUGGAGGACUUGACCCAAGUGGGAAGCUAGCGGAGGCAGUGUACGGGCAAGCGGAAAUCCACAAGAAGGUCAUGUCCCUGCAGUUCAGCGAGUGCCACACAAAGAUCAGGCAUGUGGAUGCCCACGCAACACUGAGUGAUGGAGUGGUGGUGCAAGUCCUCGGCGAGCUGUCCAACAAUGGUCAGCCCAUGAGGAAGUUUAUGCAAACUUUUGUCCUCGCCCCAGAGGGUUCAGUGGCGAACAAGUUCUACGUCCACAAUGACAUCUUCCGUUACGAGGACGAGGUUUUUGGGGACUCUGAAGCUGAGCUUGAUGAAGAAUCAGAGGAAGAAGUUGAAGAGGAGCCGGAGGAGAGGCAGCCAUCCCCUGAACCACUUCAAGAAAGCCCCAACAGCACCACCUACUACGAACCUCACCCCGUCACUAAUGGAGUCGAGGAGCCCAUGGAGGAGCCAGCUCCAGAACCUGAGCCAGAGCCUGAACCAGAGCCCAAAGUAGAGGAGAUAAAACCUGAAGUAGAUGAGAAGGUUCUGGAAGAGAUGGAGGAGAAAGCACCAUCACCGGUCCCUGUGGAGUCCCCACCAAACACCCAGGAGGCUCCUAAGACUUUCUCAUGGGCCUCUGUGACCAGUAAAAACCUUCCUCCGAGUGGCACAGUCGCCUCCUCUGGAUUAUCACCCCACGUUGUUAAAGCUCCGAGCUCACAGCCCAGAGUGGAAGCCAAAACGGAGACACAGACGCCACCACUUCGGCCCAGAGACCAGCGCACACGGGACAGACCGACUUUCACUCAACGGGGUCCCAGGCCUGAUGGUGUUGCAUCUUCGGAGUCACAAACGGGGAAACCACACUUAAGUUUUGUUAACAAAGGUGGUCGGGGAGAUACAGAGUCUGGUGACAUGGACAGCAGACGGAUUGUUCGGUACCCAGACAGUCACCAGCUUUUUGUCGGAAACCUCCCACAUGACAUUGACGAGAGCGAGCUCAAAGAUUUCUUCAUGACAUAUGGAAAUGUUGUGGAGCUGCGGAUCAACACCAAGGGUGUUGGCGGGAAGCUGCCCAACUUUGGAUUUGUGGUCUUUGAUGACUCUGAUCCUGUGCAAAGAAUUCUGGGGGCCAAGGUAGAAGGGCCCAUCAUGUUUCGAGGAGAGGUACGUCUGAACGUGGAGGAGAAGAAGACCAGGGCGGUGCGUGAACGAGAGACCCGGGGUGGAGGAGACGAGCGUCGGGACAUGAGGCGCAACGACCGGGGCCCCGGAGGUUCAAGAGGCAUCGUGGGAAGUGGAAUGAUGCGAGAGCGCGACGGGAGGGGACCACCACCACGAGGCGGCAUGGCCCCCAAACCUGGGAUGGGCUCUGGAAGAGGCUCCGGUGGCCAGGGAGAGGGUCGCUUCACGACCCAGCGCCGCUGAGAAGAGCACCACCUGCAGUGUGGAAGUAGUACCGUGUUCUUCAUCUUCAACCGUUCUCGUUAACGAAAAGAAAUCUUCAUGUAUAAACGUAUAUAUUUGGUUUUUUUUGUUUUAUUUUUUAUUUUUUGUUCCCUCUUUGCUUUGGAAUGUGACACAGCCUGUCAACCUUUGUUUGUGAAAUAGACAAAACAAAAAUAAGCAAACAAAAAAUUUCGCUUAUUAGUUGUGAGCUGAGCAUCCUUUUCGGGUAUCUCAAGAAUUCACAAACUUUAAUUUGUAAAUUUGUGAAAAAAGGCGAACCAACCAGGAGUAAUCUGCCACAUUAGGAGGGACUGAUGAGACUUUUAACUACGAUAAUACAGCCCAUCAUUUGGAAAAGAGAUUAUAUGCCUUGACUUAACUGAGGCGCUGCUUCACGAAAUCCCUCUAUUGCACAUUUUAUAUGGUAGUUUUCUGCCCGUUACUGUUGGAAAAGAGUGAGAUGCAAAAUUUGUGCAGUUCCAGGGGAAAAGCUUGCCUUUUUCUUUUUUCCUUUUGAGAGACCACUGCUUCAAAAUUGCAUAAUGCACUCAUCAAUAUGCACUAAUGGGUACUUUUGUCUUAUUACAUUGACAUCCAUGCUCGGAACGCAGCUGGAGAGACCUGUUUUGUCUCAAAGCGAUACGACUUUCCGGGGCAGGCCUCGCUCACAGCCUGUCUGCUGUGACCAAUGUACUUUUCACACUUUUGACCCAAAACUACGCUUCAAUUACUGCUGGAUGGACAAGAUGACAAGCAAAUCUACAUUAUAUUUUUCCUCAUUUAUAAAUCGAAUAAAAACAAAAAAAAGCUCAAAUCCUGGACUUUUCACCAAACGAGUGGGGGGACAAGAGGAUACACAAGUUGAACAAUAGAAGAGUGGUGGUAAUGAUGGCGGCUCGCUCUUGUUAUUUUUCGUUUUUUCUUCUGAUUCCAGCUUUGUUUUCUUGUUUGUUUGUUUUUUUCCCCCCUGCCAGCUAGACCGCGAAACUGGGAUGGAUGACACCUUCCCUCCCUCUUCCCUCCCUUUCUCUCCUUAAGUGCGGAGUAACAGAAUAAAUGUACAGCAAAAAUCAUAGUUUACUGUAUGUUUUGUUUUCUGUGUAUAUUUUCUUUUUUUUUUUUCUCUCUCGACUUGAUAAAAGCAUGAAUGGUGCCUUCUAUUUCACCUUUUCCAGUCUUACUAAAGCGGUUCGGGGCUUUCUGCCUCCCUAAUACGGAGCUGCUCAUUUUUGAAUUAUUGUUUUUGGGAGCAUAUAUAAAAAAAAAAUUGCAGUAUUCACAAGUUUUGAGUUUUUUCAGGUGCAUAUUUCAUUUUUCCAUACUGUUUUACUACCUAAGAUGAUCUGCUGUGAGUUUUGUACAUUUGUUUUGUAUUGUGUCCUGGGUUUUUGUAGAGACAAUAGGUGCCUCCAGUUCUGUUUGAUGUUAAAAGGUUAAGAGGUGCAUCUGAAGAACAACUCCCCCCUUGAGAAAAAAAAAAAGGUACAUUAAUGAUGGUGGCAGUGAAAUGCUUGCUCCUUGGUUUAACAAGUCAUAGCUCUACACAACUGUGCAACUAAACGUGCAGUUUGGAAAGAGUUAAUGUCUCACAAUGUGAUUCAGAUUCUACUGAUCCUUACUUUCAGUCUGACCGUAGUUUUUGCAACUCAUGGCAAAAAAAAAAAGUUGUCGGACUUCUUUUCUCAGCAACAAUUUUGUAUUGAUCUGUGUGGGCGGGCUGGCCGCAGUUCAGCAGCCUGCAAACUCGCAAAUAAUUGUGCUCACUUUUCUAGCCGUUUGUGCAUUUGUAUUUUCAUAUGCUGAUUAUUCAUUGUGCUUUUUUAAAAUUAAUUUUCCAUUGAAGGCAAGUCUGAUCUGAACGCCAUACUCGUCUCCCUGUUGUCCUCUAUUUUCUUUUACCACUCUGUAGGGAGGGAGGGAGGGAGGGAAGAACUUUUUGGUUUCAGCAGGAAAGGAAAACAUAAGAUGUUAUCUUUUUUUUUUUUUUUUUUUUUUCUUUAAUUUUUUUAUUAUCUUGCACUGAAACGGGAAGUGAAAUCGAUGUAGCAUUUUUCUGGACAAAUAUACUAAUGAGGUCUUCCUUGUCUGGUGGUAUUGCACUAUUUACAACAUUUCUGGGACAAUCUGUCAUUUUGAACACAGACUCUCCAAAUUUUUCAUCCGGCAGUGAAAAAAAAAAAUUAUUAGUGCUCAUUUUGUUCUCAGCAUGAAUGAAUAUUUGCAGUUAAAACAAGAUUUGAUGUACAGACAUGGCAUAUUUUCUGUAGUUUUCCACAGUAAUGCUCACCUACUCUCCCUUUGUAGUUGAGAUUAAAUAUUUUCAGAUGUGAAAUUAGUUUUCGAUAGAGACUUAAUUUGUUACCAUCAGCCUUUGAUCUAAUAUUGCAGAAAAACUACAGCUCUUUGGUCCUCCAGUGUUAUUAACAGACAGUUUCUCAUGGGUGCCUCUACCCCGAAUGUUUAUUUGUCAGGUAAUUGCUAAACUUGAGCACUUGACUGCAAUCAUACUUUUUUACAGCAAUGGUCAGUGAAGAGGGGGACGAAGAAGAGCCAUCAUGCUUUCAGAAUAAUUUGUGCUUUUACAUCGUAGUGAUGGUAAAAUGUUUGAGGAUAUAAAUUCACAGUUGGAUACUUAUUAUUUUUCACCCAGGGUUAUUAAUGACCUGCCCUUUUCCAAACUUUUAAGGAUCCUCAAAAGAGAAAAAAAAACAUGCUGUAAAUUAAUUUUCCUGUGGUUGAAAAUGCAGCAAAGUGGAUCCUCAUUGUGAAUCAUUCCAGUCCUUUUGAAUGAAAAUAGAAGUACCUUCUUGGCUUUAGCAGGUGUGGUAAACAGUUGGCUGCCAUCUUAAUUUUACUGUGUUUACCCUUUACUUGUUGCUAGUACAAAAGUGUUGCAGGUGGAGAAUCUUUUUUUGUUUUGUUUUUUUGUUUAUUUCUUUCUUUUGUUCUUUUUUCUUUUCCAUUUUGAAUGUGUUGGACUUAACAUACAAUAAACUACUGAUAUCAGCACCA